AUAAAACUGUGGUAUGACAAGGUUGGUCAUCAGUUAAUAGUCACAAUACUGGGAGCAAAGGAUCUUCCUUCAAGAGAAGAUGGGAGGCCAAGAAACCCUUACGUUAAAAUUUACUUUCUCCCAGACAGAAGUGAUAAAAAUAAAAGAAGAACAAAAACAGUAAAGAAAACAUUGGAACCUAAGUGGAACCAAACAUUCAUUUAUUCUCCAGUUCACCGGAGAGAAUUUAGAGAACGAAUGUUAGAAAUUACUCUUUGGGACCAAGCACGAGUUCGAGAGGAAGAAAGUGAAUUUUUAGGAGAGAUUCUCAUUGAGUUAGAGACAGCAUUACUAGAUGAUGAACCUCACUGGUACAAACUUCAAACACAUGAUGUCUCUUCAUUGCCACUUCCCCACCCGUCCCCGUAUUUGCCACGCAGACAACUCCAUGGCGAGAGUCCCACACGGAGGUUACAAAAUAAAGGCUUAUAUUCAUAUAAUUCAGGGUCCAAAAGAAUCAGUGACAGUGAAGUCUCUGACUAUGACUGUGACGAUGGAAUUGGUGUUGUUUCAGAUUAUCGACAUAAUGGGAGAGACCUUCAGAGUUCAACGCUAUCAGUGCCAGAACAAGUUAUGUCAUCUAAUCACUGCUCUCGAUCAGGAUCCCCUCACCGUGGAGAUAGUAUAGGGCGGACUAGGUCGUGGUCUCCCAGUGUCCCUCCCCCACAAAGCCGGAAUGUGGAUCAGGGACUCCGAGGGACUCGAUCUACCGCUGCACAUUACAACACCCUGAACCGAAUGGAUAGACACCGUGUAAUAGAUGACCACUACUCCCCGGACAGAGAGAGGAGGACUAGGCAGGAGAGAAGAGUGCCUAACACAUAUUUUGAUGACACAAGCUAUACUCCUGAAAGGUGGUACAAUGGUGCAAGUUCAUGGGCAGAUCAUGUAGUCAAUGGUUCAGCUGAAAAUUAUGGGAAUUGUGAAGCAGCAGCUAGACAGCCCUAUCAAAGAUCCAGAUCAACAGAGCAACGUGCUGUGCUGGAGCGGACCAACUCCCGCUCCCGAUCCACAGAGCGUCCUGACUCAAACCUCAUCAGGUCGAUGCCUUCAUUAAUGACGGGAAGAUCUGCCCCUCCUUCACCCGCCUUACCGAGGUCCCAUCCUCGGACCGGAUCUGUUCAAACAAGCCCAUCAAGCACUCCAGUAGUAGGGCGAAGGGGGAGGCAGUUACCACAGCUCCCACCAAAAGGGACGUUGGAGAGAAACAAUGGAGACAAGGAGAUAGAACCUUAUGAAGAAGAAAAGAAAGCAGAUCCAGAGAAUGGGGAUGCAGGUGCUAUGGAUGUAGAAGAGAGGAAUCGCCAAAUGAAAAUGAGCAAGUACAAACAGGUAGCAGGAUCAGAUUCCAGGCUGGAGCAAGAUUAUCAUUCUAAGUAUCGGAUCAGGACCUUGGAGUCACAGUGCAGGGAUAUCUUCCUUUAA